UAGUCUUUUCUUUAUUUUGUUUAAUUUUAAAUUUUUUUAUCUAAGCGAACAUGUUAGUAGUCACUGGGCCACCAUUUUGGACCCCAGUGUUAAGCAUGGGCCCAACUUUUCUACGUAGAGCCGAGUAAUAAACUCCACGCCAUUGGCGGGAAAAACGAGUUUGGUGACUUGGCGAACAGAAUUCAACUAAAGGCCGUUUGACCGUUCAGUUUUGUUGUGUUCCGAAUCUCUUAUUAUGAGAGAAUAAUAAAUAUGACGCCUGUGGUGUGACAGAUUCAUCUACACGGAAAUGGAGAACAACUCGCCGUCGCCUGUGCCCAAAGUUGGGGUGGCGGUUUUCCUAUUGGAAGGCAGGACGGUGUUGCUGGGACGGCGGCGCUCCUCUACCUCCAUCGGCCACAACACCUUUGGCCUUCCCGGUGGCCACCUCGAGUUUGGGGAGAGCUUUGAGGAAUGUGCAGCGAGAGAAGUGAAGGAGGAAACUGGUUUAGACAUUGAGAAAAUUGAGUUUUUAACCGUCACCAACAAUGUCUUCUCUGAAGAACCCAAACCAGUACAUAUAGUCAUCAUAUUCAUGCGCGCAGUCUUGCCAGAUCCCCAUCAAUUUCCCCAAAAUAUUGAGCCUGAUAAAUGUGAUGGCUGGGAUUGGUACGAGUGGAACAGCGAUAACCUCCCAAAACCACUCUUUGGAGCGUUAGGAAAAAUGGUGCAGGGUGGUUUUGAUCCUUUCCCAUCUGACUGAAAAUUGUAAUAGAAAUUGCUCUGCUCUACUUAUGGCUGCUUUCUAUGUCACUUGAUUAUAUACCAUAUAUUGUUGACAGUUUGAAAAUCAUGUAUGCCGUCCUGUUAUUUUUGUGACUGGUUAAUCUAUUAAUGAUAGUUGUUGGAUGAAUAUUUGUUUACUAUUUCCAUUGAUG